AUGCAACACGCGCCGCUGGACACCUUCUUGUCGGCGUGGCGGCGCAUCGACAGCCCGGCGGAGCUGCCGCUGCUGCUGUCGUGCGUCGCCGACCAGGAGUCCCGCUUCGGGGAUGCCGUGUUGGGCGACGAGGAAGCGCGGCGCGUUUGCGGUGCGGCGCGCUGCAAGAGUGAGGAGUGGGACUUGAUGCGCGCCCUCUUCGCCUUGCAGCAGGGCGCGGCCGGGGCGCCGGUGCGGGUGGUGGACCUGAUGGUCGUCCUCCUCUGCUGGGAGGCGACGGCGGCGCAUUCUGCCCGCUGGUUCCUCGCCGCGUGCGCCCCGCACGUGAGGCGGCUGCUGGGGCGUACGUUGGGGGCGGAUGCCGCGGGGGGCGGGCACGUCGCGGAGGCCGUCGUCACUGCCGCGCUGCUGCUCUUCGGUUGCAGCGAUGGGCUGCUGUACGAGGCGGACGCGCUGCUGGGGGAGGCGUCGGUUCGGUGCGGCGACAUCGACGAGGCGCUCGCGUGCCUGCAUAAAAUUGCCGACCGGCUCUCGGGGGCGGCGGAGGCGCCGGGGGAAAGUUCCCCGGCCGGCGGCGGCUAG